CUGUAAAAUGACAAUUUAUAAACCUGUUUUUAUUUAUUUUUUAUUCCCGAUUUUUCAAAGGCGGUUGGACCGAUUUGGAAAAUAAUUAUUUUAUUUGAAGAGAUGUACUUCAUCUGAUGAUGGGAUUUUAAAGAAAUCAAGAAAACUCUUUAAAUAUAAUAGCCUAGGCAUACACAAAUGUACUUGUAGUGAAACCGACAUUUGGUGAAGUGGAAAUACUGAUGAAGACCAUAAAUUAAUCAAGGCCCUUAACGCCUUCUUCAUUGUAAUUGUUCUGACAUGCAUUGUCCAUAAAUUAUUUUAGUGGUCUUUUAAACUGUUUUAUGUAGUCGGCUUAUUCGUAAACGUAUUUUGAAUAUACAACACAUAUUAUAAACAAUACACAUUUAAUUAGAAAAUAUGUAAUAAAGUCAACAAUAUUUAAAGUCCUCUUGUCAUGAGUUCCAUAAUCAGAUGAAAGUAUUUUGUGAAGUCGGUUUUGUUGCUAAAAUUUAAUUAAAACAAAAAACUAAAUCGAUAACAGAGAAAUAAUAAAAUAAAAGAGUUUUGUGGGUUACCUACAUAAAAAAACAGUAUUUUUUUUUUGUAUUCACCUAAUAAGUUUCUUACAAAAAACCCUUAGUUACACUGUUACAAAAAAGUGACAUUAUAAAAUCAACUAUGAAAUCUCAAGUUAACACUAAUGUAACCUCACAAAUUAUACUGAAAGCCGCAAUACUGCGUGUUACUUGAAAAUCCUCGCAAGAGGAGGAGCCUGUCUCCGAUUUCAACCGACGUUUUCCGAACAGUAACGACAGGCUCGUUGAGCUUUCGCAAAAGAUUCAUCCAAUGUAAGAUGAACUUACAAUGUGUUCGAGGGCCCCUUGUGGAUGACUAGAAGGAGGUAUGCGAGGGAGGGGUGGCGGUCUUACCAGAAUGGCGGGUUGGGCGAGAAAAUGCGUGGAAAUCGCACGCGGAAUUCCGCCAGGAUUUGGUUACGUAACGGCAGUAGAGUGACGGCAGCAUCGGUGGCCGCUCGUCUGCGCUUGUGUACCAGGAAAACAUAAAUAACAACAACGUGUUUACGGUCGUCAACAACGUGAAACUUUCUUAGCUGUUCUUCGAUUAGUUUUUGGAGGUCUCUAAAAAUGGCUGCGCGACCAGCUCCACCACGUACGAAGAAACAAAAUCACGCGAACAUACCCUGUCCUAUAGAAAACUGCGCCCGCUUCACUUAUGGCAAACUUCCCGAUCAUCUGACAAAGAUCCACGGUCUGACAGGCGCGGAACGCGAUGCCCUCAACGAACAGCAGAGAAAACGUUUUUUUAACGGAGAACUGUGCCAAGUUCGAUAUCUCAAAGAAUCAGCAAUCAGAGACCUUUGGGGAAGUGAUUAUGAUGAACCUAGGAUAAGAGCGAAGAUACAACAGAGCUACGCACUGGUCAAGAUUCGGAUUAUUCCGCUGGCAGCGACACAACGAUCUCGUCCAUUAACGGAGCAAGACGCUAACGUUCUUACCGCUUAUAACGCUAGAACUGCUCCCAGACCUGCAAGAGUCCAGCGGGCCAGAACUCGAGCUCGACCCUAUACAGUACCAGAAACACCGCAAGUUGAUCGCAGAGCAUCAAGCGAGUCCAGUGAAGAAGAAAAUACUAGAACCAAUACUUUACCUCCAUCGCCGCCACCGUCAUCUCCGUCUCUUCCGCCCUCUCCUGCCCCGUACGAACUUCAGCCAGUCGAGACCCGUUUACAAGACAUAUUCGACUCCAAAAUCGACGCGGGAUACAAAGCAGUCAUAGACAAUAUGAAGAAAUCUAUGACAAUGGGAAGAACGCUUGGAGCUCGAAAACGAAAGGCAUACAGAACUUACCGUCGCUACGCUAAGAGACUGAUAGCAUAUCUUCACAGACAACAUUCACCUCUGGCAUACGAUGUCGACGUACUUCUAUGUGGAGAAAGACAGGUGUGUGCGUUUUUGGAGCAUAUAAGUAGCGGGCAUAAGACGAAAACUUUAAGGAAUUACAUCGUAGCAGCGAUAAAGUUAUUGGAUUCUAGAUUGUUCGCUAUUGAAACUGACCCGUCGUGUAAAGAGAAGGUCGCGUCCAUGACGCGCGUGUAUGAUGUAUUGCAUGGGAAGUUGAACGAAUGCGACAGGUUGCUCGCGCAGAAGGAGCCCUGUCAGAAACAGGUUGCGACCUUCGACAGUGAUGAGAUAGAUCCAAGUUUCAAUGAAGGAUACGAAUUAGUUUAGAGCAUUUAAUUAUUCGUUUCGUUUUUCCAAUAGUCAUUCCAUCAUAAGUAAAUAGAACCAAAGUUUUAAUCAAGAUUUAAGUUAUGUGAUAUUUUUUUAAUACCAUAGUAAAUUGAUGCAAGAUCAAUAAAGAAUGACGAGAGAAGAUGUGUAUUUAUUGAAUUGUGCUAAAAUUACAUAUUUACUAAUGUAAAUAACUCAAUACGUGUCUCAAGCAAUAAGCUUCAUAUACCUAUACCUUAAAGUAUGUAAUAUGUAUAAUAGUAUAUAUAGGUAAUAGGUGCAUUAAAUGUUUUUAUAUAAUUAUGUUAAGUAGUAGUAUUUAAACAGAAAGUAACACUUUCAAUAAUGUGCAAUAAAUAGUAAGUACCAAUUGUAUUAUGUAAUGUAGCAUAACUCUGAGCUCACUAAUUAUAUUAUACAUAUAUCGCACUGAAGGACGUUUAUGUCACAAUAAAAUGUGCUAUACGAUAUAAUAUACAACACAUUACCAACCACCGAAAAUUGCGUCCUUUGUUUAUCGUAUUUAAAUUUAUUUUAACUGUAAAUAAAAUACAGUAAACUUAACAUGUUAGCCGACGAAAAUUAUUGUUUCAUUAAUGUCUACCUAUAUCUGAUACUCCCCAGUAGGUUACCCCAUACUCGUGAAUUUAUUCUUGAAUAGGAAAAGAUGAUGAUGUGGGUUAAAAUGUGGCCUUCCAUCAGAUGUUGAUUGAAAUGUGACUUUCUCUAAUGAAAAGCUACAAAUUUGAGUCAUUUACCAUGUUUUGGAUCGAAGCCGUUGUUGAAUGAAUUUUUCGAAGUCCGUUUCCAAGGUGCGAUCUUGCGCAUAUUCUAUUUAUUAUAUAUUCCAUAGAAAAUAAACUUAAUAUUUGAACUACCUACGUAAAUAAAUUAAAACGAAUUGUGUGUUUAAUAUUUACCUCCGAAACGCCCGAAACGCUCUAUAUCUUCCCUUUCAUGAUAAAACCCCUUCUCUGAUUAAGUAAUUUCUCAGUUAGUCUUAACCUAACCAAACCAAGCUAACUUAACCAAGUGAGAAAGCCAACUAAAAUAAGACGCUUAUAGACCAAGAUUUUCACACAGACACAUGUAUAAACUUUAUGUGGGUCUGGGGGAUGGUUGAGCUCCUCCAAUUGGCUUGGCUACUUACAAAAUGUUUUGUAAUAGUUCUCCGAGUAUCAUACAUAAAAAUCAAGAGUGAGAAUAUAAGUAAAGUACAAUAUUUUUUGACAGCUUUAAAGCGUCUGGUAAAAAUUACCGCUGGCGGAAAUAGUCUGGCAAUGUUGAUUAUCAAUUUUUUACAAUAUUUUCUAAAACAUACAUAAAAAUCAACCAUGAGAAUUUACGAAAAGUUAGUAAUAUUUUUUUACCUAUCUUUAGCACCUUGUACCGGACAAAUGGCCGUCGGGCCAAUAUAACAAGUACCUAAGCAGACAUUAAAAGUACAUAUUAACAAUAUAUUAUC